CGUUCACAGACAUUACGACGAAUUUCUCUUUCACUUCGUUCUCAGCUCUGGUUCAGCGCUGUUCAAUAGUCCAGGAUUUGAAUACCUCGACCAGAAAUUAUAAUAAAAAUGGCUGCUGCACCCAAGGAUAUCGAAAAGCCCCAAGGCGCUGAUUCUGCAUCAGUUCACCGCAUUCGCAUCACUUUGACUUCCCGGAAUGUACGUUCUUUGGAGAAUGUUUGCCGUGAUCUGAUCAACAGUGCCAAGAAUCAGAAUUUGCGCGUAAAGGGUCCAGUACGCAUGCCAACCAAGACUCUACGUAUUACAACCCGUAAGACACCUUGUGGUGAAGGUUCCAAAACUUGGGAUCGAUUCCAGAUGAGAAUCCACAAGCGUAUCAUUGAUUUGCAUUCACCUUCUGAGAUCGUGAAGAAAAUCACCUCAAUCAACAUUGAGGCUGGAGUAGAAGUCGAGGUCACCAUUGCCAACUAAUAAGGAACGUGUAUAAUUUUUUUAUACAAUAAAUACUAUUUACUUCAAACAGUA